UGAGAACCCUGGAUUAUUUGUUCAAUGAGCUAUUUUUGUUUGUUGAUUUUCUUAACUUUUUUGUAGCAAGAGCCUGUAACAUAUAUCCAAUAUCAUUCAUUCUGAACCUGGGCCGAAAACAAAAAAUUCCAAGGAACUUUCAACAUAUGAUGAUGUUCUCAGGCCUACGUGGUGCAAUAGCAUUUGCGCUAGCUAUUCGGGACACAGAAUCUCAACCUAAGCAAAUGAUGUUCACAACCACUUUACUAAUUGUCUUCUUCACAGUCUGGGUGUUAGGAGGUGGCACUACAUCAAUGCUUACAUGGCUCCAAAUCAGGGUUGGAAUUGAUACAGAUGAAGAUCAAAGGAUAGAAACUGCUACUGAGGUUGUAAAUAACUUGGAUAAAAGCACAACCAAAGCAGAAAGCGCUUGGCUGUUCAGAAUUUGGUAUGGUUUUGAUCAUAAAUAUUUAAAGCCGAUCCUCACUCAUGCUGGCCCACCACUUACUACCACUUUACCAGAAUGGUGUAAUCCUGUAGCCAGGUUGCUGACUAGCCCUAGAGCUUAUGAGGAGCAACUGAAGGAUGAAGAUGGGGAAUUUAUUAUCAAUAAUGAUGAACUGACCCUGAAUUAUGAUGUUUCAGACCACUUUCCUGUGCCAACCCAGAACAGAACAGAGUCAUCUCAUCCUGCUGGUAAAGAAAACAUCUAUGAUGGUGACCUUGGCUUAGGAGGAUAUGAACUCCACUCCAAACCUGCUUCCGGUCAAUCCGAGUUUGCUUCCUCAGCCUGAUGUCCAUUAGAAAAUAUAUGCCACAAAUAUCAGAAGCAGGAGAAAAGUACAUUUAUUUUGCAGAAUUAACAAGAAGGACAUAAACAGAAAAGAAGCAAGACCUUGCUGAAUCUCUCCCUAGAGUUGGGAUGAAGGAGAAUUUUUAAUAAUUCAUAAACAUUCUAUUACUACACUUAAUUUUUUUCUGAUAGUGGCCAUUUUAACAAUGAAAUCAAAGGCAUUAUCUGACUAUUACUGGGACAUUACAUGUGUCUUUGUAGGCUGUGGAUCAUGCUUGUUUGCACAUGCACAAAGUCUUUUGGAUUUUUUUUUUCUAAUCAUUCAGGAAGAGAGAGAAUGAGAAUUCAGUGAACUAGUUAGUACAUGCUUCCAAAAUCACAUAUAUAUCAGUACCAUUUCUCUCUUCUCAUGUAGAGCCUUUUGCGAUAAGAUGGACAUUUCUGGGCUACAAGCCAUCAUUUGCCUCCUUCCAGCAAGUGACAGAAUAAUCUUUUCCGUACUGUAUGGUAGUCUGGCAGCAAGUGACCCACCAAAACUGCUUGUUAAUAUUUGAGCAGCUAAAACUUAAACAUAUCAAGAACAGAUACUUUAAUUUUACCAUAAUAGAGCAUGACUGCUAGUAUAAAUAGCAAUGUUGCUCCCUCCUCCAAUCCAUUCGCUGUCACUCCUAUGCAACAGAUUCACAAUGCAAAUGCCGUAUGCUGACUUUCCUCAGAUUUCCUGAUAUUCUGUGCUUAUACCUAAAAUCUGCAGGACAGAGAACAUGAGUAUCACAUUCAAGACUUCUAAAAUAAUGUCUGCUAUAUUUCUGCUUAUUUCCUAUACAGUAAGAAAUGAGAGAGAGAGAACAUACUUUGUAUGUUUAUACAGAGGGAAACUGUAUCUGAAUCUUCCAUUAUAAACACAAGUACCUACAGUAUCAGAAAAGUUGAUGACAGCCCUCUAAUUUUUUUCCUUGAAGGCAGUGCUCUGUAUCUUUAUAGAUUAGAGACGGAUCUCUUGAAAAGCUUUAUUAUGGACAGACUUUCCUAGUUGCACUUGCAACUCCUUUCAUAUCCAAAUAAAACUGCCUUAUAGUUAGCCCAUUUGGUUCAUCUCCUCCAGUUGCUUCUUUAACUGCCAGGGGCUCUCCAGUGUUUUAGUCCUGCCUAGAAACUGAUUGAAAGUGAAAUAUUUUGCAUGUAAUGUAUAUUUUAUUCCUGAGUUUCAGCUUUCUGCAGCCAUCCAUGACCAUACCACAUUUCCAUCUUAAUACUCAGUAUAGUGUUGCACUUAGCAUAUCUUCUGGGUUAUUUAGCUAUCCUCAUGCAGUUUGAUGGGAGGGGGGAUUACUUUUUGCAAUUCCAGUAAAUGCUCAUGGGUAGGUGAGAUAGGAUUCUUGCACAUAUUUUAGUGGUGUGGUGGCUGAAAUGAAGGUGUGAGAAUUCUUAUUUCUCCUUGUAUACUUAUCUCCCCAACAAGACUUUUUUCAGAUUAAUAAGCGUGAGAACCAAGGAAGUUGCAAAAUGAUGAGAUGUCUACCAUAAAGCAACACCAUCAACCACUUCAUAACAGUAAAUUAAUCUCAAAAAACUGCCUGAAGAAUUCCAACCUAUAGUUAGAAUGAAAUGGAAAAGUAAACAUCACCUUGACAGAAAAAUAAAUCUUUCUGAAUAUUGACAAACCAAUUUUGACACAGUAUUAACUCAGUAUCUGCUAAAAUAGGAAAUGUUUGCAGAAUUACAGAAGUCUAAAAAUUUUUUAGGAAGAACUGCUGGUCAAUGCAUCAAGGUUUCCCUUGUGAUUUGUUGCCAUUCAAGGGUUACUACUAUUUCUGUCCUUUCACUUAAAAAGAAAGAA